CAGCCUUCUGGAGUCUUUCGCUUUCCUAAGAGAGGAGCCAUUAAACUCCUGCCUGGACUGUGCAAGGAGCUGCCGGUGUCCCCAGCAGCAGUCAGUGACAGUGACAGCUCAUCUGGGUUUCAUCAGCUCACUGGGGCAGCGUUUCACCAGGCCCCUUUGCCAGGGCCUCCCCGGCGUCAACAAGUGUCGCACCUACUGCAGCAACAGCCCUCAAGUUUCAUCACAGUGAUGCUCAAAAAUAUUCUCCAGCUUCGGCAAUGACCUAGUUCAUUCAAGGGCAGGGAAAAAUGCUCUUCCAGAACCUGCCCGGGCACGGAGUUUUCCUCUUAGGAAGACAGGACACCCAAUUGUGCUUUGAUCCGUUUUUGGAAAAGACCUUGAAUUUGAAUCCCUGUCUGGAAACUGGGCCACCCAAUCAAUGUCUCUGACACAGCCUGGGGAGCCCACCACUGAGCCAGCCCUCCAAUAACAUCUCUUGGACAAACAGUACUGAAAAAUUCACGUGGCAUGAAAGGAUGACAGACGCAGGAGGGCCCCAGAGGCGCGCACUGUGUUUUUUAUCUACGCUCCUAUCCCAGAAGGUUCCUGAGAAGGCAGACCUUGUGCUUCGCUGCAUGAUAUCUGGUCAGCCCAAACCAGAGGUCACAUGGUAUAAGAAUGGCCAAACCAUAGAUGAGUGUGACAUUGUUUCCAGUUAUGAGUUCUUCGAGCAUCAGUAUAUCCAUGUGUUACAUCUCUCUUGCUGUACCAAAAGCGAUGCUGCUGUUUAUCAAAUCUCAGCUAAAAACUGUCUGGGGAUGAUCUGCUGCUCUGCUACCAUUGAGGUCGAGGGUCCAUCAGAGAACCCACGACUCCCUCCUGACCUGGGAGGUGACAGGGACGCAGAGUGGAAACGUGACAAACAAGAGAGGAAUGAAGAGGAAAGCACAGAUGGAACUGCUGAGACCGAACACCCUUGCAAGGAAGAAGGAAGCCUCCCUGCAGGGGCUCCCACACCACCUGAUUCCUCCUCCCUCAAAAUCAACCACUUACAUUCACCCCAGUUAUUGGCCAAUAAUGACAUCAUUAGUGCAUCCAGCUCUGGAAAUGCUCCGGAUGUUAAAGGAACAAGGCAAACUGCAGAGGCUGAUGAUCCAAAUAGCACAGGAGAAAUUUUCCUUAAUUCAAAUAAUACUGAAAAACAAGAUGCAUCUUGCCACAGAACAGAGAGUUCCACAGUCUCACGGCCAGUGCGUGGAGGUCUAAGUAGUGAUGGCCCUAAUGAUGAACUCUUACCCUCCACUCCUCAAAAUCCCAAAGCACAGAAAUACAUUAGUUUCAGUCUUCCGCUCUCAGAGGCAACUGCGUACAUUUACUCAGGUGACAGUGCCCCUGUCAACAAGCAACCCAGUCCCCAGGUUUCCAGCGAAGACUCUGACAGUGACUAUGAACUUUGCCCAGAGAUAACCCUAACCUGCAUGGAGGAGUUUUCAGAUGAUGACCUGGAGUAUCUGGAAUGUUCCGAUGUUAUGACGGAUUACACUAAUGCAGUUUGGCAAAGGAGCCUGCAGGGGACUGAGCAUGUUUUUUUAUUAGAAAGCGAUGACGAAGAGACGGAAUUCAGUGAGUGCAGCCUGGGUGGGCGUGAAAUGGGUUGUGGGCCUCGGGUGUCGGGUGACAUGGGGCCUAUGGAUGCCACCACUGGCUUCUGUGGUUAUCACUCACAACUCCAAGAAGUGGGGGUCAAGAGCAGCGGAGCCUCCAGGCACAGUCCCUCAUCCCUGCUCACAGGGAUGACUCUUACUUUGGGACCUCACCAGGAUGGCACAGCUCUAGUGAGUGAACAGGGGAGAUGUCCACUCCCUACAGCGUUUGAGGCUGCUGAAAAUGAUUAUCCAGGAAUUCAAGGAGAAACCAGAGACAGACACCAAGCAGGAGAGGAAUUUGCCAGUGACAAUCUGCUAACCAUGGAUGAAGCGGUGACAGAGACAGAGGUGAAGCCCUCAUCUGGGGGGUUGGAAAAGUCAGGGAUGAAACAGAGUUUGGAGAUUGCAACUGAAGAAAGAGGAGAGGAGAGGGACUUAGGCAGCAGGAAGGGCAUCCAGAAACCUGCCAGGGUGCGGCGACCAGGGGCCAGGGGUAAAGCCAAGAAACUGACCCCCAAAGAAAGUGCAGCAGGAGGCACCCUUGCUCCCCCUCCAAAGGAACCCGCUCGGCGCCCACCAGGCUGGAGCCAUGACGGAGAAAUUCCCUGUGCCAAAGCAACAGCUCCUGGCGGGAAUUCCCACUUCCACACGGGAGAAUGUGCAAUUUCACAGGAGGCAGAGCAAGACACAGAAACCCUUCCAUCUCCAGCAGACUCUGUCCCCAAGGAAGAGGCUACAAACUUCAAAGGAGAAGGGAUGCCCGUGAAUAACCUAUUUACAAUAAGCCAGUUUCCAGACCAGAGUGAUCAUCCUCAGGGGCAAAAUCAGGAAACGGCCAGGGAGAGAAGCUCUCUCAGCCAGACACCAGCUUUCCCAGAGCCUGCUGGGAAGGAGUCUUCAUUCACCGGGACCACAACUGAUUCCUUCUCCAACUUAUGGGGGAUCAACAAGGAAAAUGCAUCUUUGGCCCAAUACCUAGAAGGAGGUCAUGCUCAGGGCCCACAGCAGGAGGAAGAACCAGGCAGAGAGGGCCACACACCUGCCAGUUCUGGGGCAGAUGAAGAACAUGAGCAGAAUACCCAAGAAGCCAAUGCUGGAAAGAUGUCCCUGGCUGCACCCUUAGCCCCUCUCCCCUGGGAUGCCAGUGCCCACAGCAAGGAGCCCGAGGAGCUGCAAUCUCUCUCUGCUGCUUCCCCUGGCUCCACGGACACCAGCCUCACCUUGGAAAAUGUGUGCAAGGAGUCAAGGGGCAGAGAAGCAGCAUGUGUGACAGAAUGUUUUGGAUUCAGUGACCAGGGAAUGUGUUGUGAUACCAUGGAUUCACCUGUUGGGGCACCAGCUGAUAAAUAUUUGCCUCAAGAAAUCUGCUGCAUGGACUAUGAGCUGACAGAAGGUCAAAGCAAAGUACAUAAUUUAUGUCCUUCUGAUGACAAGACACUGGCAGUUCUUUUACAAACACGAGGUUCUGAGCCUCCAGAGUCUACAUGUGAAAACAGCAAGGACAAAAACACAGCUGUGUCCCCUCUUUUCAUCAGUACUGUCACCUGGAACAUGUCACAGGAGGCCAAUGAAGGUGCUGCAGGAGGACAUCAGGCUGAGGUAGAGAAUUCCUCCUGCAUCUUGUCCUCCACAGCACAAGCUGGCCAGAAGAGCCUGAUCGCCCUCAGCUUGGGAGGGUGUGGGGAGACACAUCGCCUUUCUUCUGAGGAUAACACUUUACUGCACUUCAAAGAUGGAGGUGACCAGAGUCCCAGUGUCCCAGUCACCAUUCACCCACCAGUCAAUCAUGGUUCAAUCCCAAGACUGUGGCAGGAGAUGUCAAAGGCAUUGACUGCUAACGUUGAGGGUCCUCAGGUGGCCAGGGAGAUUGAGGACAAAUCAAUUAUCACUGUUGUCACUGAAGUCCACUCAGCUGAGUGCCAAGUUGCUUCAAUUUCCGAGAACAGCAUUGCCGUUGGUGUCAAGGAGGGGUCACCUCAAGCACCAGAUGAAAAUGUUUUUCAAUUUCCUUCCAAAGGACAGUUGGGACAUCUUUUUGGUGGUUCCACAACUGAAUGUACAAAAGAUUCGCCUUGCCUGGCCCUCAGUGUUCCAGAAGUUCCUGGUCAUGUUCCCCCACCCCCUGAGGGAGAGGGUUUCUGUAACAUUUCCCAUCUUCAGGUUGAUAACCACUCUAGACCUAUGAGUCAGCCCGUGGACAGAGCAGACAUCAGGAGCCUUGAAGAAGAUUUCCAAGAAAAAGGAAGUGAAACGAAGCGGAGAAUCCAACUGGAGAGCCCAUCCUGCCAGGGUUUUCUUUCGGCAGAUGAUUUCCAAGAGAGUUUGCCCCCCACACCUGCUGCACAAGGGGAGGCCAGCAUGGCACUCUGGGGACACUCUCCAGCGAAGUCCAGGGAAGAAAGAAGGAGCAGCUCAGGCCUGGGGAGCAGUGCGUCCGUGAUGGUGGAAGUAGCUGUGGAAGGAGCUAGUCCGGCUCUGAGCAGUGUUCCGACUCUUCCUGAAACACUGCAGGAGCCGUCUGCACUAGGAAACUGGGGAACAGGAGCCAAGUUGAGGAUUAUAACCCUAGAGGCUUCUGUUUCUGAAAUUUGGCCACCAAGACAAGGGACAGACCCUGAGAACAGGGAGGCAGAAGCUGGUUCCCUAGCCCCUGACGAGGCCUGGACUUUAUCUGGUGCUGCUGUCUCUGAGGCAGGCCUGCUGGGGAUGGCAGCAUGGGCUCAGGGUCCUCAGGCUGAGACAGCCCCAGCUCUGGUCAACAGGGGGGAAACCUGUGAAGGUGAAGCACCAGUCGGCAGGGGACACAGGAGCACUCCUCCUUCCCGGGACUUGAGCCCACCCAGACUUCUGGAGUCAUCUGUGGACCCUAUUGAAAAGGAACUCCGCGUCACAGAGUCACUACCAGAAGCUUCAGAGGCUGGCUGGAAGAAAAAUGCUAACCAUGUGAGUAAAGACCAGGAGGAAGACCAGCUCAAGGCGGAUCCCCCUGCCUUCUUUAAACAGUUUCUGUCUUCCCCUAACAUCCUAGAGUCCUCUGUAGAUCCUAUUGAUGACAGGGCAGGUGUGGUGGAACACUCCAGGGCAGAGCAACCAGAACCUUCUGAAUCCCCACUAGGGGUCAUCAGAGAGGGGACUACAUCAGCUGAUGGAAACUUGGGCCAGAGAGUGAAUGUCCAACCUACCAUUCUGCAAGUUCCUUAUCCCCAGGACAGUGGGGAAACCAUUCCAAGCAAAAACAGAAUCAACCAAGACCAAGUAGACAGGGAGAGAGAAGAAGUCGAACCAAGUCAAUACAACCAGGCAGAAGUGCAAGACCAACCUGCCACCUGGCCAGGUGAAGAAGGUGGGCAAAGAAUUCCCAGUGCAUGCAGGGUAAGCCCAGUGCAAGAGGGAAGUGGCAGAACCUCAGGGGAGGCAGAACAAGGGCAAAAGGACACAGCCAAAUUUAUUUUCCCAACUUCACCUCUUUCUGGUUGUCUUUCAAUGACUCAUGCACCUGUUGAGGUUGAUACUUACAACUCCACAGUUUAUGAAGGACCUAGGAUUGAUGAUGUUGAACCCAGAAACCAUCAGUGUGUAUUUUCUGACUCAAAGGAAAGGGGAACUUUGGAGCAUAAGUGUGGGAAACGCGUGCCCUCCUCCAGUGAUCUCGCUCCGUUGCAUUGCGCUUCAUCUCCUGAAGGAACCAUCUCUCACUCUUCACUAAGUCAUAGGAUUGAGGAACUGAAAAUAGAAGAGCCUCAAAUUGGGGAAACCAAGCCCCCGAGCUCAUCUGGCUCCCCGCAAAUGACUCUGGCUUUCAUUUCCAGAGAAUGUGAGUCAGAGACCACCUCUGAGUUCCUGCAGGACCUGUGGCCGAAGGGUUCCACCCUGGGCAGGGAGGAGAAGGCAGGGGUGAAGAAGCCCAGUCGUGUGGCUGCCCAGACUGGCAAAUUACCAGGGGCCCAUCCAGCAGUGGCCACAUUGGAGGAGGUCAGGAAGCAGCAUGAAACCUCAGGCAGUGGACAUUUAGCUGAGGGAGUGAAAAAGAAAAUUCUGUCCAGGGUGGCAGCCCUGAGACUGAGAUUGGAAGAGAAGGAAAAUGUCAGAAAGAACUCGAAUCUUCUUAAAAAGAUCCCUAAGCUCGAAAAAUCCUUAUCAUGCACAGAUGAGAAAAAAGACCUGAAAAAGGUAGCUUGCAAAAGAGAAGGAAAAGCUCCAGUAUUACUGAAAAAGAUCCAAGCGGAGAUAUUUCCUGACCACCCUGGAAAUGUAAAAUUAAGUUGCCAGUUUGCAGAGGUUCAUGAGGAUUCUACCAUCUGUUGGACGAAAGAUUCAAAGUCAAUAGCUCAAGUCCAGAGAAGUGCAGGGGACAACUCGGCUGUUUCCUUGGCCAUCGUUCAAGCCAGUCAGAAGGACCAGGGACUCUACUGCUGCUGCAUCAAGAACAGCUAUGGAAAAGUGACUGCUGAGUUCAACCUCACGGCGGAAGUUCUUAAACAGCUUUUGAGUCACCGGGAGAGUAAAGGAUGCGAAGAGAUUGAAUUCAGCCAGCUCAUCUUCAAAGAGGACUUCCUCAACGACAGCUACUUUGGGGGUCGCCUGCGUGGCCAGAUUGCCACCGAGGCGCUGCACUUCGGGGAAGGGGUCCACCGCAAAGCCUUCCGCAGCACGGUGAUGCAGGGCCUCACGCCCGUCUUCCAGCCUGGCCACGCCUGCGUGCUCAAGGUGCACAACGCCGUGGCCCAUGGGACCAGAAACAAUGACGAGCUCAUCCAAAGGAACUACAAACUCGCUGCCCAGGAAUGCUACGUUCAGAAUACUGCCAGACACUAUGCCAAGAUCUAUGCUGCUGAAGCCCAGCCCCUGGAAGGCUUUGGAGAAGUGCCGGAGAUCAUUCCUAUUUUUCUCAUCCAUCGGCCUGAGAACAACAUCCCUUAUGCAACAGUGGAAGAGGAGCUGAUUGGAGAGUUUGUGAAGUAUUCCAUCAGAGAUGGCAAGGAAAUAAACUUCUUGAGAAGAGAAUCCGAGGCUGGUCAGAAAUGUUGUACCUUCCAGCACUGGGUAUACCAGAAAACGAGCGGCUGCCUCCUGGUCACGGACAUGCAGGGUGUAGGAAUGAAGUUAACUGACGUUGGCAUAGCAACACUGGCUAAAGGGUACAAAGGAUUUAAAGGCAACUGUUCCAUGACCUUCAUCGAUCAGUUUAAAGCACUGCACCAGUGUAACAAGUAUUGUAAAAUGCUGGGGCUGAAAUCCCUUCAAAACAACACCCAGAAACCCAAGAAGCCAAGCAUCGGGAAAAGCAAAGUUCAGAUAUCAGUGAAGAAGCCAGAGCCCGGGACCCCCGCAGAAAAGAAAAGCUAGGACCCCUCAGUAGCUCGGGCCUCCAGCUAGCAGCACACGGGCUUGUGAAUGAAACUCACACACACAGGAGACUGUAACACGCAGCUUGCAGAGUGUGUGGCUGUCGUUACUCCCACCGGACUCUGCCCCAAGAUGUUUCUACACCUGUCACCUGCCGUCUGCUGAAGUGAUCGUGGAACAGAUUUGUGACUAGACUUGUGGAGAGACUGCAUCAGUUGUCAGCGUCAAAGACAGUCCACUCUUUGUACACACAGCGGUGGUACAGACUUGGCAUCAUGUAUCUCUUUGUCUGUUUGCACGUGGUUUUGUUGUCAAAGACUUGGUGCUGAGCAGGGUCUGUUCAUAGCCCCAUUGCUUCCCGUCCCUGCCCUAACUUGGGCUUUCCAGACAUAUCCAGCUGCGAUGGGAACAGAAUCAUGAAUGUCAAGUUGCUGUACCAGUGUCCAUGACGCUGUCGCUGCGGGAGGUGGCUUCUAGAGCUCGAAGCCACUUCCCAUCAUGUUUCGCACAGCCAGGGACAGUUUUCUGUUUCAUUCAGUUCAUGUUUAAACAGAAAGCGCAAGUUGCAUAUGUCGUCAUAGACACUCGUUCUUUGGAAUUUGUGCCGUAUUUCACAUUCCCCCAGGACUUGUAAUUUAGUAAUUUCCUAAUAGAUUUGCUGGAGCACAAAAUA